AUGCAGCAAGUUGACGAGAGGCCGUCUGGUGCAAUCCCAGACACCAUUGUAGGAAACUACAAACUGGAUAGAACAAUUGGUCAAGGCACAUAUGGCAAAGUGAAAAUAGCCACCAAUAUGAUUACAGAUGAAAAGGUGGCAGUGAAGCUCAUUGAAAAAUCCACAAUCCAUUCAACAAAACAAGUGGCGCGUCUACAACGAGAAAUCCGCUUCCUGAAACUAUUGCACCAUCCUCAUAUCGUCAAAGUCUAUGAAGUUGUAGAAACGGCUGAUUUCAUUUACAUUGUGAUGGAGUACGCCGCUGGUGGUGAAUUGUUUGAUUAUAUCGUGGCCCAUAAACGAGUCAAAGAAAAGGAAGCUCGUAACUUCUUUCGGAUGGUCUUGUCAGCUGUCGAGUAUUGUCAUCAGAAUUCAGUGAUUCAUCGGGACUUGAAGCCAGAAAACUUGCUGCUGGACGAGAAGAAGGUCAUCAAGAUUAUUGAUUUUGGGUUUGGAAACAAUUUCACCACCGAUGGUCUGCUCGACACUUUCUGCGGGUCGCCAUUCUAUGCUGCUCCCGAAAUGAUUCUGGGAAGGAAGUACGAAGGACCUGAAGUGGACAUGUGGAGUUUGGGCAUCAUCCUAUUUGCAUUGCUUUGCGGACAUUUGCCCUUUGAUGACGACAACAUGAAGGAGCUGUAUAAAAAGAUUGCUGCAGGAACUUACAGCUGUCCAGAUUAUCUAGCUCCAAGCGCCAGACAUUUAAUCGGAAGGCUAAUCACCGUCGACCCGAAGAAACGUGCCACACUGCAAGAAACACUAGCUCACCCCUGGGUAAACGACGGCUACGAAGGCCCACCCCACCACUACAUUCCCGAACGGUCCACAAUACCAGACCCAAGCAAGCUUUCCAAGGAUAUAGUAAACCGGCUGACAGCUUUCGGCUACAAGGUUGAAGAAAUCCAAAAAGCUUUUGGACCGACCGAGGAUCAAAGUAAACCACACCCCAUUCGAGCCACUUAUUGGUUGCUCGUUGAAAUGUUACAGAGAGAAGAAGCACGUGCUAAAGCCGAGAGGAAGAGAAGUGUUGAUAAGAGUCGGGCUUCAGCUUCGGGUCCUAGUACUCCUAUUGAGCCGACUAGUGCUAGUACGUUACCUGCUAUCAAUGAAGACGGGGUUGAGAAGCCUCAACAAAAGCAAACGCAACAAGAACAAGCGCAGCAAUCGACAUCAUCGUCUUUGGUUCCUCCUCAAACACAAAUCAGAUUUGGGUCUCAAGGACUUACAACAGAUUCUCCUGCUCUAUCAGUUGCAGAUACUGUUGCAAGUGCAUCCCGUGCUAGAUCAACUAUGGAUGUAUCAUCCUCAUCAGCAGAUACUCGAUCAAGUGCCAAAUCGUCAUUUGUGGCCCCCGGUCAUACACCCCGUCUCGAGAUUCCCGGUACACCAUCAAAUGGAGAUUCGGCAAGAAACUCUAGCUCUGAGAGAGCUACAUCGUCUAAACCAACAAGUGCUUACACUACCAUGCCUCGUCAAGGAUCAGCAAGAAAGACAAAUACUAAUAGCACUGAGCUGACCUCCAACAAUACAACGAUUAUGGCUAUUCCGGCCGGGUCUCACCCAUCCAAAAAGUCAUCUGUAGAUUCAACAAACGAUAAAGCCAGCAACGACUCCACUGGCACGCUACCCAAACCAGCAAUCCACGAACGACGCUUCUCAUCACCGGUCGCAAGCUAUAACGCCAGUCGUCGAACAUCAGCAAGUAAAGUCCCCACGUCAAAGGAAGACAUGCGGUCUGUAUCUGGCUGGUUUUUGAACGUAGCUACGACAUCAAGCAAACCCUGCCACGACAUUAUCGCCGAAGUCAAACGAGUACUUGAAGAAAACCAAUGUCGGUUUGGAUUUGAUGAGCAUUUUACAUUCACUUGUGAGAUUGAUUCUGGAUUGUUGACUCGAGAAUCAUCAAAAUCGAAUAUUGUUACUCCGUCAUCUUCUCGGCCAUCAACUGCUGGAACGUUUAGAACCUCUGUAUUAGGACGGUCGAACGGUAUGGGAGCCAACAACCAACGGCAGUCAAUAACUACCAACGCCAGUAGCCAGGCAUUCGAAUACCUCUCUGACAAUCUGUCUACUUCAUCAUUUGCUGUCCCUACGGCAUCAAACAGCGGAAUCAUCACACUCGGAAGACCAAAGACUAAAAACUCGAUUCAAUUCUCUAUUGAGAUCUGCAAAGUGCCUAGGAUGAAGCUAAUAGGUUUACAGUUCAAACGUAUCAACGGUGGUGUGUGGGACUAUAAAAAGGCCUGUACCAAGUUGUUGGGUGAGAUGAGUCUGUAA